UUACUCCAACUCUUUGGUGCUCAUGAGGGCCCCCUUUUUGACGAACAUCGGCCCGCUCUCCACCGGCACCACACGCAGGUACACCUCCUGCAGCAACUCCCCACGAGCCGCUAUGAUAGCCCGGUGAGGUGUUGCUGCCUGAAUACAUGUAAUUCAACGCACAUCCAGACGAAGAGACAUGUCAACAAAAAAGAGAGGGCAGGAAGGGGUGUGUGCGUACCCGCGCCCAUAAAGAGAUCCAGUACAAUGCUCCCGCUGACGACGUUGUUGGCCACCGUCUGGGCGGUGAUAGCGCGAGGUUCUCCUGCGCCCUGUCUGAGAGCAUAGGGCACACACACAUGCUUCAUCUGUGUGUGUGUGAUGUGAUGUGAUGUGGUGUGGUGCAUUCAGACGUACUCGAGCUCCUCUGUCGACAU